AUGACCCGUGUGUUCCUGGGGCCUGCCGGGCGCACGCGCACACAGGCGAGCAGCUCCCCUCCUGCCCGAGCCGCGUACCGCGGUCCUGCCAGAUGCGCAAAAGCGAGUGACCCGCCUCCCGCUGAACUGAGCAGCAUCCUUAGCCCUGCCGGGCGUGCGCCGGCAAACAGCUCACCUCACGCUCAACUGAACCAUGGAGCGCGGGGGUAUGUUAUUCAGAACAACUGGUCCCUGGAGAAGUUUUACCCAGGAAUGGUAACCUGGAGGGUCAUCAAACAAGAGGAAGACCCUUUGAAGUGUGAAGUGUUAAAAGAAGAUGCCAUUAAAUACAAUCCAUCAAGAUCAGCCCAAGUGUUCCCUGCACAGGAAAAUUCAAAGAAAUCUAAGGUAUUGAGAAUUUCAUAUGUCAAUUUAUCGUGUCCACAGAUGAAUCAUCAUGAAAAACUACCAGAAGAAAAUCUAACCAAAUUAACAGAAUUUAUUCUCUUGGAUUUUGCUGAUUUACCCCAUCUACAGUGGUUUCUCUUUGGAUUAUUUCUAAUCAUCUACAUUAUUAUCCUUUUGAGCAAUGGCGCCAUAUUUCUAAUAACUAAAUUGGACACCGAACUUCAGAGCCCCAUGUACUUUUUUCUGGCAAAUUUUUCCUUUUUGGAAAUCUGCUAUGUAUCAGCAACUAUUCCCAGAAUGCUGAAGAAUCUUGGGACUCAGAGAAGAAGCAUUUCCUUAGUUGCUUGUGCUACACAGAUGUGCUUUGUUCUAAUGCUUGGAGCCACAGAGUGUUUGCUCCUGACAGUGAUGGCCUAUGACCGCUAUGUGGCCAUUUGUAAUCCACUGCACUAUCCUCUAGUCAUGAACCACAGAUUCUGCAUCCAGUUGGUGAUUGGCUCUUGGGUCACUGACAUUGCAGUUAUGAUAGGACAAACGUAUCAGAUUUUCUCUCUGCCUUUCUGUGGCCCUAACCAGAUCAACCACUUCUUCUGUGACAUUCCCCCAAUACUCAAAUUGGCCUGUGGGGACACGUCUGUCAAUGAGAUGUUGGUCUACAUAGUUGCCGUGUUGUUUGUCAUAGUUCCUUUUCUGUUGAUACUUGGCUCAUACAGUAAAAUCAUCUCCACCAUCCUGAAGUUGUCAUCCGUCAGAAGUCAAGCCAAAGCAUUUUCCACCUGCUCGUCUCAUCUUAUUGUGGUGGUAUUAUUCUUUGGAUCAGCAACUAUUACAUAUUUAAGAAGCAAGACUGGUCACUCAGAGGGAACUGGAAAAAUGCUUUCUCUUUUCUAUACAAUCCUGACCCCUAUGUUUAAUCCUAUGAUAUAUAGUCUAAGAAAUAAAGAUGUCAUAAUGGCAUUGAGAAAAUUGUUACAGAAAUAA